GUUUACCGCUUGCCACUUACGCGGAAAAGAGUUUUGUCCCUUUUUGGAACUCUUCAGUGUAUGAAGAUGAGCAGAUGAAAACAGACAAACUAGUCGAAGGAAAAUAUUGUGUACAGUUUAUUUAUUAUCAUGGGAAACACCGAUACAAAACUAAAUUUUAGGAAAGCUGUGAUUCAGCUUACUACAAAGACACAGCCCAUUGAAGCAAAUGAUGAGGCAUUCUGGGAACAGUUUUGGUCAGAAAGUGUGACCUGUGUCCAGGAUGUAUUUACACUGAUCCCUGCGGCAGAAAUAAGGGCAUUGAGGGAAGAAUCUCCGUCUAAUCUAGCCACACUUUGUUACAAAGCUGUUGAGAAAUUAGUUGCUGCUGCAGAGAGUGGGUGUCCAUCUCAGAGAGAGCAGCAAACAGUUUUAAAUUGUGUGAGACUUCUGACUCGCAUAUUACCGUACAUAUUUGAGGACCCUGACUGGAGGGGAUUUUUCUGGUCUACACUACCAAACCAGUCCGAGGAAUCUGAGAUUGAAAGCUCACCACUAGCACAAUCCUUACUAAAUGCAUUAUGU